AUGUCAGUCAACAAAGCUAACACAUCUGAGCUUGAAUUAUUGAGACAGCGCAUUAGAGAGCUUGAGGCCGAGAAUGCUGAAAUGCCUGAUCUUAGAAGAAAGAUCUCAGAGUUUGAUGCUGAGAAAACUGAACUUAAGCAUAGGAUUGCUGAGGCUCUAAAAAUGACUGAGGAAGAAAGAACGAGGCGUGAUGCUGAGAAUGCCAAACACAAGGCCAGAAUCGAGGAGUUGGAAUCUGAAUCAGGUGCCAAUGGUAACGAUCACGAGAAACCAUUGGUGGAUACUUCAUUACCUGAAGACAAGGAAACGGACGCUUUCUUGGAUGAGAUGCAUAAGAAAAAGGUUAGUAAUGAGAUUAGGCAGAGAAAUUGGGAGUGCCAAACCGAUAGAAAGAAACUUCAAACCCAAGAGUCUCUUUUAACACAUCCCGAAGAGAAAAUGCUUCAAGAGAUCAAAUGUCCUACCUCUGAUCCAGUGAUCCAUGAUCAAAAGAGAGUUACCGGAGUUUCUGAGACAGCCUGUUCCGAAAAAGUUACCUAUAGCAUUGAUGAAGUCUCACAACAUCUAGCUCAGUUAUGUGACAAAGCCAUCGAUGCCGAAGAUAGGGCAAAUCAAGCUAAUCAGGAAGAAAUUUUAUGUUGGUGCCUCUACUGGAAGGAUUUCAGAGAUCAGCUUAAUGAAAUUAUUAGAAGUAAUAGUGGUAAAUUUGGUGAAAAGAAGAUUAUAGAUUAUGGUAUAUCUUUGGAAAAGUUGUCUCCAGAAGCUGAUCAUGUGACCGAAAUUUUCGAGACAGCCCAUUAG